GUGGAAGGAGUCGUCGCCGGCGAAAACCUCUCUCUGGGUCACCUCAUGGGGGUGAUGGUUACAUUCUAUAAAGCCAUUGGCAUUGAAGAGCUGAAGUUCAAGCCGACGUUCAACCCCUAUACCGAGCCAUCGAUGGAAAUCUUCGGAUACCACCCGGGGCUUAAGCGGUGGAUAGAAGUGGGGAACAGCGGAAUGUUCCGCCCCGAGAUGUUGGGGCCCAUGGGUUUGCCCCCGGAGGUUUCGGUGAUAGCCUGGGGCCUUUCUUUGGAGCGGUGA